AUGGGAUACACAGCGCAUCCCAAGUCGCGCACCACGAGCAAAGGACGAACGAGAGUCAUGCUGGUGGCGUUACUGUUUGCUGUCACAAUAUCCUCGGUGGCGGCCAUUACGACGACAGACGCAUUAGUGGAAGCAACACACACAACCGUCCCGGUAACGCUCGGUGAGCGUGAGGCGGAGACAACGGUUGACCACUCGGUUGAUCUGAGCGAGGCGGAAACGAAGGACCCAACGCAACGGUUAGAGAUCAUCAAGCAGAUUCGCAAGGUAAACCAAGAUGGCUCCUACACGGUCGGAUACGAAGCGGAGGACGGUACGUUCAAGAUCGAAAGUCGGGAUGUGCUGGGUAAUAUCAAGGGUACGUACGGGUACAUCGAUGCGAACGGUGACAUUAAGCGCGUAUCGUACGGUGGCCAGCCGACCCAAACCAUCCCGAUGGUAUCCACGCCACCAACGACCGAGGAAGAAAUAGUCCACAUUCCUCCAAGGUUUAACCGCACGCAGCAUCUGCUGAUGCCGACCACACGCCGCCCACCAAACUACCAUCCACCGCAACAGCUACAGCACCAUCAGCAUCUGCACCACAAUCCACAGCACGCAAGCACGCUUCGUCCAAGCGUCAUACAGACCAUACCACGCAAACGUCACGGCUACUCGUCGUCCUCUACCACGGCGACUCCACCAACGAGCACCUUGAGCACGACGCUCGCUAUGAACGGCGGUGGUGGUAGUAGCACGUCCACCACGUCAACCUCCACCACUACCACCGAGGCCUCAGUCACGUCGGCCGCCACCGAAACGGGCGGCCAUUUGGCAGCAUCCUUUGGCGAACCUACCGCAGCAUCGACACAUACCUCUACGCUGCACACCAAACCCGGCACGCUGCUUAUCAUCCGUCCAACACCACUGCCCUACCAGUCGGGCAAGACCGCCGAACAGCUGGCCCGUCCCGAACGGCUCGAAGCGGGCAAGUACACGCACGCACCAUCGCCUUCGAAAAAACCCGUCCGUGGUAACUUCCUGCGCCGCCAGCUAGCAGCACCCGCUGUCAGCGAAUCCGGCGAACAGUACGAAGCUCAACCGCAGCAAAUCGUUUACGGCCAGUCGGCCGCGGACGGUGAGCUUAGUAGCAUCUUUGCCGGUGGUGCGAAGCCCCUCUACACGACCCAUCCAACACCGCGUAUACCGGCCGCCGUACUAGCCGCUCGGCAGCGUGCCGCCCACAUCCAAAGCGUGCUCCAGGGACAGUCACAGCCCUCCCAAGGUGGACUCCCCGAGCGGCUAACAACGGAGCGCGUGUACGUGAAGCAACCGGCGCGUCCCCAACCAUCCAACGGUAACCGACACGAGCCGGCUCCAAUACUGUACGAAACCUCAACCGAACCGAGCUCCGAACACAGCUACGUUACCGAUGGUCCAGCAUCGUCCUCCGUAGUGCAGAUACCGGCGGCCAACCGUGUGCUGGCGGCUAACGAAGCUGAAGCACACGCCGAGGAGCGUCGUCCCAUCUUUCGUCCACGACCGAUAGAAUUCCGUCCGCGUGAUGAUAAUCCCUCACCUGCAACGGGUCGGUUCCGCACACCGUACGGACUCCCACCACCAUAUGCACGGUCGUUCACACCACUUCCACCACCGCAGGACUCACCGUACGGUGGGCGUGUGGUGCCGGACGUUGACGAUAAGGACCGCGAAGUGGACGAACCUCAGCAGCAACAUCUGAACAGCAUUCUACCAUAUAGACAGCAGCGCCGUCUGAAUGGUGGUCUUAACCUACCGCCAGCAGAUCCAGCAUACCAGCAACAGCAACCACUCAGUGCGACUCAGCAGCAGCAGAACUCCUACCCCAUCCCGAUCCCAUACAACCCGGGACAGUAUCCACCACACCUAGGGGGCGGUGGUCGACUACCUUCCAGCCCGUACUACUACGACAUCCCACCGGAGCGUCCCCUAACGGCGCGUGACUUUGAGCGUAUUCUGCAGGUGCUUAUCUUCCGCCAUCAGCAGCAGCAGGUCGCUCAGCAGGUAUCGCGGUACCGUCUUGGAGGAGGCUAUGGUGGCUACAAUGGUGGGUUCCCGUACAAUCCUUACUUCCCCGGACCAUCCGCUGCACCGUACGGGUUAGGAGGGCCAUAUCUCGGCGGAGGCUAUCCCCAGCAGCAGAUCCCCCGUCCACCGCUACCCUUCCCAUACGGUGGUGGACCGUACGAUGGGCAGGGCUAUCAGAACCCGCUCUACAGUCCAUCGGCACCGAGCGCAAACGUGCGUGGCGGUGUUGACGGUGGUCAACCCGAUCCAGACGCAGGUGGGUAUGGGACAGCUCUACCAGCCGCAGCACGUCGCAACGGUCAGUACUAUCAGCCUCCACUGGAUGCAGGUUCUUCGUCCGCUGGCUCACUCCGCUCUGCCGACUAUCUUCCGCCGGAGGUACGCGAAAGUCUCCUCUACCGUAUGCUGAUGCUCGCGAUUCAGGCACCUGGUGCCGGUGAUGUAUUACCACUGGCCGCUCCAACCGGACCCUCCAACCAGCAGAUUCCACUACACCAUCUGCAGGGUGCGUCCUCAAUGCCACGACCCCAAGCACAACCAAACCACCGGGAACAGAGCCACGCUGGGCAGGGUCGUCCGGAUGGGCAGAGCACAGUAACGGCGGCUGCCACCAUGCUACCAAUGUACAGCAAAAAACCCGUACGAAGUGUACAAAUACUUGGCGAAGAGUAA